AUGGCUUCUUUCUUAGAGAGUUCCUACAGUUUGGUGCAUCAGGACAAUGCGGCGGAUGUACCUACCAUGUCCGAGUUGCGGAUGCAGCUGGAGAAAGGGACAGAUGAGAGCAAGGUGGAAACAAUGAAGCGCAUUCUCACGAUUAUGCUGAAUGGCGAUCCAAUGCCUCAAUUACUUAUGACCAUCAUUCGUUUUGUUAUGCCAUCGAAGCACAAGGCUCUCAAGAAGCUGUUGUAUUUCUACUACGAAAUAUGCCCGAAAUUGGAUGCCACUGGGAAGCUGAAGGAUGAGAUGAUUCUUGUCUGUAACGGUAUCCAACAUGAUCUGCAACAUCCUAAUGAGUACAUUCGCGGCAACACCUUACGAUUCUUGUGCAAGCUUCGUGAACCCGAGCUCAUCGAACCCCUCCUAUCCGCUGCUCGGGCAUGCUUGGAGCAUCGCCAUGUGUACGUCCGCAAGAAUGCCGUUUUCGCUAUCGCGUCUAUCUACCAGCACUCCGAGAGUUUGAUUCCCGACGCCCCUGAAUUGAUAGCGACAUUUCUAGAUGCAGAGAAUGAUCAUACUUGCAAGCGGAAUGCGUUCGCAGCGUUGGUGAGCAUCAGUCAUGACAGAGCCUUGGCAUAUCUUAGCAAUGUCUUCGAUGGGAUUCCAAAUGCAGAUGAGCUCUUACAACUGGUCGAGUUAGAGUUCAUCCGAAAAGAUGCUAUUCAGAAUUCACAGAAUAAGGCCCGUUAUUUACGGCUGAUCUUUGACCUCUUGGAGGCUGGUGCGAGUACGGUGGUGUACGAGGCAGCCUCAUCCCUGACUGCCUUAACCAGCAAUCCGGUUGCAGUCAAAGCUGCUGCUUCGAAGUUCAUAGAACUCAGCAUCAAGGAAGCUGAUAACAACGUAAAACUCAUCGUGCUUGACCGAGUCGAUCAUUUGAGACAGAAGAAUGAAGGCGUCUUAGACGACUUGACCAUGGAAAUCCUCCGAGUUCUAUCAAGCCCAGAUAUUGAUGUCCGGAGGAAAGCCCUAGGAAUCGCGUUGGAGAUGGUCUCUAGCAAGAAUGUUGAGGAGGUCGUGCUACUCUUGAAGAAAGAGUUGACGAAAACGGUUGACCAAGAAUACGAGAAGAACAACGAAUACCGACAACUGCUGAUCCAUUCGAUACAUCAGUGCGCAAUCAAAUUCUCAGAGGUGGCUGCCAGCGUUGUUGGUCUUCUGAUGGACUUCAUUGCUGAUUUCAACAACACAUCCGCUGUCGAUGUGAUCUCAUUCGUAAAAGAGGUGGUAGAGAAGUUCCCAAAGCUCCGUCCAACCAUCGUCGAACGUCUUGUUUCAACCUUGAGCGAAGUUCGGGCCGGGAAGGUGUACCGAGGAGCCUUGUGGAUUGUGGGAGAAUAUUCUCUUGAGGCCAACGAUAUCAGAGAUGCGUGGAAGCGCAUUCGAGCUAGUCUGGGUGAAAUUCCUAUUCUGGCUUCAGAACAACGUCUUCUCGAUGAAGCUACUGAUGGGGCCGAACCUCAAAAAGAGCCCGAGCAAGUCAACGGACACUCAAAGGCCGCCCCCACCGGUUCACGCAGAGUGCUUGCUGACGGAACUUACGCCACUGAGAGCGCCCUCACGAGUCAAUCAGCUGUAGCUGCAAAAUUAGAAGCAGUCAAGGCUGCCCAAAAACCACCCCUUCGACAACUUAUCCUAGAUGGUGACUAUUAUCUCGCCACUGUCUUAUCAUCUACUCUCACAAAACUUGUCAUGCGCCAUUCAGAAAUCUCGCCAGACAAGGCUCGCACCAACGCCUUGCGCGCGGAAGCCAUGUUGAUCAUGAUCUCUAUUAUCCGUGUCGGUCAAUCACAAUUUGUCAAAGCUCCUAUUGACGAAGAUUCCGUCGAUAGGAUAAUGACGUGCGUGAGAUCCCUCGCGGAAUUUGCCCAGAACAAAGACCUCGAGACGGUCUUCUUGGACGACACCCGAAAGGCAUUCCGCGCUAUGGUGCAAGUGGAAGAGAAAAAGCGAGCAGCAAAAGAAGCAGUUGAAAAAGCAAAGACUGCGGUCCAAGUUGACGAUGUAGUCUCGAUCCGGCAACUAGCGAAGAAGAACUCUGGUGACGGCACCGAUGAGAUAGAGCUUGACCUCGAAAAGGCCACGGGUGGUGAUUCAACAGUCGAAGAUCUAUCGUCGAAACUGAGCCGAGUCGUGCAACUCACUGGUUUCUCAGAUCCAGUUUACGCAGAAGCUUAUGUCAGAGUACACCAAUUCGAUAUUAUUCUCGAUGUUCUCCUUGUGAACCAAACCACCGAAACGCUUCAGAAUCUCUCAGUGGAAUUCGCAACACUGGGUGAUCUUAAGGUUGUCGAAAGACCCACCACGCAAAAUCUUGGCCCCCAUGAUUUCCAGAAUGUCCAAUCUACGAUCAAGGUCUCCUCCACAGAUACCGGCGUCAUCUUCGGCAAUGUUGUCUAUGACGGUGCCAGCUCUACAGAGAACAAUGUGGUCAUCUUGAACGAUGUGCAUGUCGAUAUCAUGGACUACAUCCAACCGGCGGUUUGCACCGAGACGCAGUUCCGCACGAUGUGGACUGAAUUCGAGUGGGAGAACAAGGUCAACAUUAACUCGAAAGCCAAGUCGUUACGAGAUUUCCUGACACAGCUUAUGGCUUGCACGAACAUGAGCUGUCUGACACCAGAAGCUUCAUUGAAGGGUGAUUGCCAGUUCUUGAGUGCCAACUUAUAUGCUAGAAGCGUCUUUAGCGAGGAUGCACUUGCGAACUUGAGCAUCGAGAAGGAGGGAGAAGAUGGGCCGGUGACAGGCUUUGUGCGUAUUCGAAGUAGAUCGCAAGGCUUGGCGCUUAGUCUUGGGUCGCUCAAGGGUUUGAACAAGGUUGGAGAAGUCGCCUGA